GGGCCAGCGCAGCCUCUCUGAGCCCCAGCAACUGACGCCUAUUGGUAGCUGUGAGCACAGAGCCCUGGAGAUGAGGACCCUGUUCCUGACCGUCAGCCUCAGCCUCAUUGCUGCCCUACAGGCCCAGGAGCCCCUGGCCUUGGGGGAGAAAACUUCGGAUGUGUCAGGGAAAUGGUAUAUGAAGGCCAUGACUUCAGACCAGGACAUUCCUUGGAAGAAGCCAGACUCGGUGACCCCCAUGACCCUUACGGUCCUGGAGGGGGGUAACCUGGAAGCCACAAUCACCAUGCUGAUAGAUGGUCAGUGCCAGCAGCUAAAACAGUUCCUGGAGAAAACCAGCGAAUCUGGCAAAUACUUGGCCUACGGGGGCAAGCGUGUGGUGUACAUCAGGCCGUCGCGCGUGGAGGGCCACUACAUUCUCUACUGUGAGGGCGAGCUCCACGGCAAGCAGGUCCGGAUGGCCAAGCUCGUGGGAAGAGACCCAGAGAACAACCAGGAGGCCUUGCAGGAUUUUAAGGAGAUCGCAAGAGCUGGGGGAUUGGCCUUAGAGAUCUUCAUCCCCCACCAAAGUGAAACCUGCCCUCCUUGAAGAGGUUAGGGACGGGGCACCAUGGCCCCCCAGCAGCCCUGGAAGCCCCAUGGGGACCCUCUGUCCUGCAGGACGUGGAAGGAGCCUGGGCCCGUGCACCCCUCUCGCCCUCCACCCCCUCUCCUGGCUCCUCAUAAAGAGCUUCAGCAUC